CAUAUUACGGUUCUCAGAAACCAAACCAUACCGGUCGUCGUCUGAUUUAUUUCCCUCUCUUCUAUUUUCUCUUCUCUCUCUCUCUCUCUGUCUCUCUCUCAAUCAAACAAGCGAAUCGUAUACACCUCUACGUGGUGUGUUGUGGUGUGGCGUGUUUUCUAUCUCUCUGACCCCAAAUCUUGAAUUUAUUUGAGGGAUUUGAACUGUCACUUUUACGGUGAAUCGUCUCAAGGCAUAAGGACGCGUCUUAGGUUGGAGUUGUUGCGUUGCGUACUCGGGCUUUGCGAAUGUUAUAGACUUACAGGGAAGGAAGGGAAGGAAGUUAUUCAUUGAUUGUGAUCAGGUCGGCGUCUUGGGUGACAUUUCUAUCAUGUUCUGCUGUGGAUAUUUUUGAUAAUUUGUGCCAAUGGCGGCUGAUCAGAGGAAGAAACGAUUGACCACUGCCAGCGUUACUAGUUUUCAAGAGAAGGGCAGAGAAAAAAAGAAGAAAUUUGGGUUGCUACAAUGUGAUUUAAAUGUGCGAUCCAAUAUUUCUCUCAAGUGGGAUGACAAGAGGAAGAGUGUUGUUGCCAAGAGGGAGCAAAUUAGCUUAAAACGGAGAGACUUGGUUCCAUUCAUUGAUUAUGUUCCUCAUUGCCACAAUAUAUUGGCAGAUGUUCUUGGUGUUCCUCAUGAAAUUUUUGAGUUGGACAAUUUAAAAGAGGUGCUCUCUUACGAGGUUUGGAAGACUCAUUUAUCUGAAAAUGAGAGAAAUUAUCUUAUGCAGUUUCUUCCUAUGGGAGCUGAGAUGCAUCAAGUUGUCCAAGAAUUGUUUGCGGGGGAUAACUUUCACUUUGGAAAUCCUUUUAUCAAAUGGGGUGAUUCUCUUUGUUCUGGUAACCUUCAUCCUGAUGCUGUUCUUCAUCAGGAACAAUGUUUCAAGACAAGUAAGAAAUCAUAUUACUCAGAGUUAAAGAAGUAUCAUAAGGGCAUGGUUGGUAAUUUACUGACUUGGAAGGAAACAUGGGCUAGCUGCAAGGAUCCUGAGAAGGAAAUUGUGCGCAAGAUAUGGAGGUCUAGAAAGCAAGUUGAGAGAAAUAUGUCUACUGAUGCAAAUGAAUAUAGAUUUCAUGAUGCUGAGGGCGACUUUGCAGCCAUGUCUGAAUCUGGUUCUUGGGCUACUGACGAGAAAGCAGGUAGUAGUAGUGAUGACCAGAACUUAAUGAGGAAGCAUGGAGAACUGCAAACACGUUUUACUUGGUGCACCUGUCAUGAAGGAGUUGUGUUUGGUGUUGUGAUCUACAGAAAAGGCUUCAUGGGGGACAAAUGUGAUAAUUCAUCAGCUGGGCUUAACAUGGUAGCAAGACCUAGAAAAGGAGAAAGGCUGCACAAGCAAAAUAUGCUGUGUGGUGAUGGUUCCAAAUAUAUGUCUUACAUCAAGGUUAGCAAGGAGCAGCAUCAACUUGUUAGGAGUAGUAUGAAGAAUUCCAGUAAUAGCAUUCAAUCUAGGUCUCUUAAUCAUGUUUUGGGUAACCUCUAUACUUUUCAUGUCCAACCAUUUGAAGUAUUUGAGAAAGAAGAGCGGAAAAAGUUGCAUGAGCAUUGGCUGCAGUUGGUAAACAGAGAUCUUCCAGUAGCAUUUGCGAACUGGAGAACUUGGCAGAUAAAGAAAUGGCAAAUGGUUCAAUCUUUGGACCGAGAAAUUGAAGAAAAUUUAAAGUCAGUUAAGGAGGAUGAGGAGAAAGAGACUGCUCUUAAUAUGCUGCUUGAUUUGACAGAUAAUAGAGCAGCAGACUUUGAAGCGACCAUUACAGUGGAGGUUGAAGAGAAAGGGACUUCAGACAGCUUGAUUCAAGAGCACAUAGAUGAUGGAGCAGAAAAUCAUAAUCCUGACAUUGCAUUAGAGGUUUGUGCUUUUUAGUCCUUGCUUUUGCUGUGUUUUAUUGAGAGUGGAUAUC